AUGUUAAGAUUUUCCUUGAUAUCUCCCAAAAAAGUUGGUGACGACAUUGCCAAAGCGACCAGUGACUGGAAGGGAUUGAAAAUCACCGUUCAAUUGACAAUCCAAAAUCGUCAAGCAACUAUCUCUGUUGUUCCAUCUGCUGCCUCGCUAGUCAUCAAGGCCCUCAAAGAACCACCACGAGACAGAAAGAAGCAAAAGAACAUCAAGCACAGUGGAAAUUUAUCUCUUGAUGAUAUCAUCGCAAUUGCUCGUACAAUGAAGCCACGUUCUAUGUCCCGUAACUUAAGUGGGACCAUCAAAGAAAUUUUGGGAACUUGCCAAUCUGUAGGAUGUACUGUCGAAGGAAGACCACCCCACGAUCUUAUCGAUGAAAUUAAUGCAGGAGAACUCGAAGUUCCAGAAGAAUGA